GACAUCGCUCACCCCCUCCCCUGGCUGCACUUCAGCCCGGCCGCUGCCGGUUGCGGACAGGCUCCUCCUCCGCCCCGGAGGCCGCUGCCGGGAUGGGAGGAGCGGAGCGGCGCCGGGCCGGGUCGGGACGCGACGCGCCGAGCCGGGCCACGCCGGUGGAGGCGGGCAGGGAGGGAGGUGCUGCCGCGGCCCCGCCGGCUCCGUCCCUGCAAGGAGAGAAGGGGAAGGGAAAAAAAAAAAACCACCACGGAGAGGAAAGAGAAAAAAAAGCCCUAAAAAGGCAAUGUUGAAGCGCUCAGGCGAUGGCCGGGCCUCUCCGCGCUGCCCGGCUGCCCGCCGGGGCCAUCGGCGCCAAAGGCACCCACCGCGCUCGGGCCCUGUGCUGGGGAGGGGGGGAUUUUUAAGCUCAUGUGCUCGGCUCCAGGGUGCAGUUACAGGCAAAAGGUGUAGCGACCGCCCUGCCUCCCCCUCUGCGAUCCCCCUGCCUCCCUCUCUGGCACUGCCAGAAUUGGGCCGGGAUCGCAGCUCCAGCCGGCAGCUCUCACCUCUUGCCAUAAAUGUCCUUCUGCAUCCCUGGAGAGGGGGAAUAUUCUCGAAUCGCACACGCAGGAAAAAACUACGGAAGACAUUUGAGAAGACCGAUGAAAAGAAUUAAUAAAUAACAUGAAGUGCUGGUCUGAUACUGGCCAGAUACUAAAUACUAACAGUAACAGUCUCUUGAUCCCUCCUUGCAGAGCACAUGGAACAGUCGGUCACUGGUUUGCAGCAGCUGACCAAACAGCAUCAUGGGAAUUGUUUGGAAAAAGCAUCCCCUGGCUCAUCGCCCUGGCAGAAUCGGCAGUAUCCUCACCACUCAAGGGAUUGUCUCUUGAAACGCUGGUCCACACUUUAGUGCAUCCAUGGAGAAGAAAGCGCGCUGACUAAGCCCGUUACAUUGAAGAAAUGGUUCUGCUGGUGGCAAUAGCAGAAGUGCUGUUGGUUCUGGGUUUGGCCGUGGAGUCAGACUCUCUCUGCUCGCCCACUACCUUUUACAAGAACUGCUGGAUCCGGCGCUUCCCAGGUCUUCUGAUUGACCUGCAGGAAUCGCAGAAGAGGGGAGCCCAGGUGCUGAAGAUUUAUGCAGAAGUCUCACCCCAACAGUGCAGUAAAACCUGCUGCCUUCUGAGGAAUGUUUCCUGCAAUCUAGCAGUGUUCUACCAUGGAGCCAUUUAUAAGAAUAUGAAUUGCCUGCACUUGUCUUGCCCAGCAUUGGAAAGUUGCAUACUAAAGGCUAGAAUCAAUGCCAUUUUGUACAACAUCACAACAGGGAUUGAUCCAGAUCUUCUUAUUUUUGAAAAACUGACUUCCAAAGAGCCAAAUGCUCACUCCUCACCGAGUAAAUAUGAAAGGCAAAACAGCACCAAGAUCACUGAGUGGGAAAGAUGCCAGCAUCAAAAUGCUACAUCAAGUUCUCUUCUGCUCCAAGCUGCAUCUUCUACAACUAGCCACGGCUUAACAGCAAACACUUACACCUCCAGUACAAGCCUGAUGGUCCAAAAAACUGAAGUUACUACUUAUUCCAGGGCAGAAAGUUUUCCACCAGAUGAUCAUUUUGCUAAGAGGACAAGCACAACUUCAGUAAGCCCUAGGUCAACCACCAGCUCAGACAAGAAGACUGUACACUCAAUUUUGAUAUCCAAGUCUGCCGAGGUAUUAUCCCACAUGCCCACUCCUCCUCGUCUGAACAGCAGUAAGCAACACUUAAAUGAAACCAAAGGCUACAGUGGUAGGAAUUAUACUUCAGAUAAUGAGGCACCUGCUUGGGAAGAUGCAGCUUUGGGUGUCUGGUUGAUUCCUGUUGUUCUUUGCUCUUCUCUCAUCUUCCUCUGCUGUUGUACUGUUGCUUUCACAGCAGGGCGUUGCAGCAGUAGGAGAGGUCAGUAUAAGCCCAUAAGGAGAAGAACAACCAUGUCAAGACAAUUCAUAAAGUAUACUACUGUCAAAGGUAAUUUGUAAAAUACUGCCACCAUACUUGUUUUGGAACAAAUAGCUUUUUAAAAAUGAAUUGUAUAUACCAGCUUAUUUCUUUUACAGAACCAAAGAUAAUUUUUUCACUGAUGGUUUCAGAAUCUUUCAGCUGUAACUUAAUUCUCAAUAGAUGAAAUAGAAUUCUCUCUCUUUCGGUAAGAAGUACACGGUCACAGCUCCCACUGCAUGCUCAGAGAUGUUCGAGCACAUUUUGGUUCAUAAUCUGACCCAGACUGAUGCCUAACAAACAGUAUACACUUUCCCUAAUUUAAGAGAGCAGAUUCACAGCAGCCGUAUCUGUCUUUUCCCCUGACUUUGAACUAACCUGAGAAGAUUAAGUGUAAGUGUAAUCAGUAAUACUGACCAAAGUUUUAUAGUAUCAUGAAAUCAUUUAACUCUAAUCAUCCUUUAAUUGCCUGAGAUCUCAUUGUUUCUAUAAAACCUGUCAAUUUUUCUCCAAGUAAGUUCUAGAUUUACUUUUUUCCCCCAUUUAUCCCUAAUGAGACAAAACAAUUUAGCCAGCACUCCUUACUUCUUCAAAGAAAAACACCCCAAAGAACCCAAGUCCUCAGAACUAUUGAAUUCCAUUAACUCAUACCCAAACAUCUGGUCAAUCUUUUUGCUUUACUUUUACCCCACUUCUCACUUCACUCUUCUGAUACCAAUCACUUCAAAUGUUUUUCAAGCCCCCCCAGAAGCACCUUCAGACUUCAACUGCUUUUAUAAAGUUACUUGCUCUGCAAUGCAUUGGCAAAUCCAUUCUGUUAUUGGCUAAGGAAAACACAAAUGCAGCUAACAUUUGUUCCCACCUUGCCAUUAGCAUCAAUCUGCGUUGUCCACCUUGACUUGCUUUUUCUUGCCUACUCAUAUUUAUCGUUUACAUCAGUAGUUUUUUAAAAUAGGGACAGUCAUUUAAUAUACGUUGCAUAGGAAUACACAAAAUGUUUUGAAAGGUCUAUAAGUUAGAUUUAUAAUAAAAAUCCCUUUUUUUUUUUGUUUCCUCAUCCUGUAUAGUCUAUUCAUAAAAGUGCUCCUCCUGAAUAUAAAUCAAGUGACUAGGUCAACACGGUAGCAAGGUAUUUCCUUGCCUUACCUUACUCAGGAAGUUUGCUUAGCAAAGCAAACAUUUUCAACAGUAACCAGGAUUGUUCUUCCUGUUUUAAACUUGUUGACGUCUCAGAGUUUCUCACUUUCUUCACUUGCUGUAAGAAGUUUCUAUUUCCCAGACAAAUGUAAAUGUUAUAAAAGGUAACAAUAAAAAAUAAAACUGAUUGUCAUGUCUAUGUAGCAUUUUAAAACUAGUAAGAUUCACUCAAUGUUCAAAGACUAUAGUGAUGAGGUUGUAAGGCUACAUGAAUACCUCAUUACAGUUGAGCAGGUUGGUUUCAGAGGAAAAGACCUCUCUAAAAUUAUAUUUUAGCCCACAUUGAUCAGCACUGCAGCUUAGAAAACUGAAGUUUAAAAAAAACCUUGCUUAUAGUAUUUGAUUGACCUUGUAUGCUAAUUUAUGUGUAAUAGAAGAGAGACUGACACAGGAUAAGAACAUUUUAAAGGAGUGGGCUUAUUUAGGCAGUUGAAAUAACACAAAAGAAAUUCCUUCUAUUUUAGCUAGAAAAAUUAGGAUUAGGUAUGAUUUAAGGGCAGUUCUAUGCUUACAUGUAAAGCAAUACAAAUUCUGGAGAUGUAUCCACUGCAUGAUGUACUUUGAAUUUGAACAAGCCGACUUUUAUCAGCAAAUUGUACUUCCCUAAUUCAUCACAUGGCUGAAUCUUGCACGUAGUUUAACUAUUGCUAAGAAUUUCAACUAAGAAUGAUGAGACCCCAAGGGCUCUUGACAGGUAUUCUUUUCCAGGUUUUUAACACCAAAAGGAAAGGAACUAGGAGAAAGGAACCAAGAUACUCUAUAUUGUAUCAAAAGAUGAAUGGCGAUAUCAUAGAUAAAUAAUGUAUGUCUCGUGAUGUGCUCAUUAUCUUAGGGUAAUCUUCAUGGAUCUGACCCUGAAAUGGAAAAGCCUCAGGUCUGACUCAUUUCAUUAGGAAACAAAGGCACACAUCUAUCAGAGGAGGAACUUAGUUCCUCAACCUGUAGAUUACUGUGAUGUGUUUUAUACCCUUUCUCCACGACUUACACUGGAAAUGGCGAUGUGCACCAAGACCGUCAGUAUGCUCUUUUUUGGAGUAGGAGCUGCAGACCAUGUGGCUCAGGAUUCUCUUUGUACAGUGCUCUACCAACCAUUCUCUGUCAAAUUCUGAAGGAAAUGUUCAGGGCUCAGUCACCAGUGAAUUUUCUGUUAAAGACACAACCAGGUAUAACUCAAUUUAUAAAAUCUUAACCAGAAAAUGAAAAUUUUGCAAUGUUCAUGUAUUGAUCUCUACCACAGAUAAUGUUCAGAUGCUUCACACAUCAUGACAACCUGAUCAAAUAUAUUAAAUAAACAAACUGAUUAACCAUAUGCUCCAAGUCAAAUUGUACUUUUCAUCUCACCCAAUAUUGAUGACAAGCACAUUUUGUCAUAGGAUUCUCCCACAAAACACUGCAGCCAGAAUUGUCACAUCAAUUUGCAAUGAAAGUGCUUUUUAAUUUUUUGUUUCUCCCCAUAAUUUUUAAAAUCAUGUAACAAAGGAAAACACAUUUUAAAACCAACUUACACCUAAAAUGUAAAGAUAUAUCAAAAGUUGAUCUAAAAUCCAGCUAGUUGCCUUUCUGCUUGUCUAUUUGCUACCACAUGAAUAAACAUCCAAUGUAAUGCAGUAAUACAUAAGUGUCUUAUGAAAUUGUCUCUUUGUUUGAAAUGGUCAAAACAACCAAUAUGGUGAAGUGCAUGUUCACUGCCAAAGCAGGGCUUAACAAAAAAACACACUUUGAAUAACAUUGCAUUUUUAUAUGACUAAGAGUUAAAAAGUCUAAAUUUAAACUCAGAAGAAUACUUCAUAACAGAACUUCCUGGGGCCUACAGGAAAGAAAGAUGGAGAGGGACUGUUUAUCAGGGAGUGUAGUGACAGGACAAGGGGUAAAGGGUUUAAACAAAAGGAGGGUAGAUUUAGAUUAGAUGUUAGAAAGAAAUUCUUUACUGUGAGGGUGGUGAGACACUGGAACAGGUUGCCCAGAGAGGUUGUGGAGGCCCCCUCCCUGGAAGUGUUCAAGGCCAGGCUGGAUGGGGCUUUGGGCAACGUGGUCUAGUGGAGGGUGUCCCUGCCCAUGGCAGGGGGGUUGGAACUAGAUGAUCUUUGAGGUCCCUUCCAACCCAAACCAUUCUAUGAUUCUAUGAACUAGAUCUGCACUCUGUGAUGCCUUUCUUCAGGCUGAAGAGAGACAUUAAAAUUCUGCUUGCGUUUGCUUUAUAAUCUCAAUUGCUCCUAAAGAGAAGACAUUGCUUGAGAAAUUAAGGCAUUUCAACUGCACAAACUUUCAAGACCUUGCAGCACUGAAUUCCAAAUAUAAUUUCUCCUGAAAAUCAGGGAACAUACUAAAAUUAUUAUAGCUGCAUAAUUGCAUGUAGGUUUUAGGAUACAGAAUU